AUGUGUCAAAGACAACUGUGCCAUCACAUCAUCAUGCGUCAAUACACAUCUAUGCCAACACAUCAUCAUGCGUUAGAGUCAACUGUGCCAUCACAUCAUCACGUGUCAGAGACAACUGCGCCAUCACAUCACCAAGCAUCAGAGGCAACUGCGCCAUCACAUCAUCACGCGUCAACAAACAACUGCGCCAACACGUCAUCACGUGUCAGAGACAACUGCGCCAUCACAUCAUCACCCGUCAAGAGACAACUGUGCCAACCACCAUCAUCACCCAUGUCGAGACACUGUGGCCUCACAUCAUCAACGCUUUCAGGAACAACUGCGCCAACACAUCAUCACGUGUCAGAGACAACUGUGCCAUCACAUCAUCACGCGUCGGAGACAACUGUGCCAUCACAUCAUCACCCGUCAAGAGACAACUGCGCCAUCACAUCAUCAUGCGUCAGGGACAACUGCGCCAUCACAUCAUCACGCGUCAAGAGACAACUGUGCCAACACAUCAUCACGUGUCAGAGACAACUGCGCCAUCAAAUCAUCACGCGUCGGAGACAACUGCGCCAUCACAUCAUCACGCGUCAGAGACAACUGCGUCAUCACAUCAUCACACGUCAGAGACAACUACAUCAUCACAUCAUCACAUGUAAGAGACAACUGCACCAUCACAUCAUCACACGUCAGAGACAACUGCGUCAUCACAUCAUUACGCGUCAAGAGACAACUGCGCCAACACAUCAUCACGUGUCAGAGACAACUGCGCCAACACAUCAUCACGCAUCGGAGACAACUGUGCUAUCACAUCAGCACUCGCCAGAGACAACUGCGCCAUCACAUCAUCAUGCGUCAGACACAACUACGCCAUCACAUCAUCACUUGUCAGAGACAACUACUCCAUCAUAUCAUCACGAGUCAGAGACAACUGCGCUAUCACAUCAUCACGCGUCAGAGACAACUGCGCCAUCACAUCAUCACGCAUCAAGAGACAACUGUGCCAACACAUCAUCAGACGUCAGAGAGACAACUGUGUUCUUAGAAGUGAUGAUAAAACGAACACCGGGGAACUGGUGUAGUCGCUGA